GAAUUUGACAUUAUUUAUUUUGAAAAUAAAUAAACAUGUCUACCUUCGCUCUUCUCGUGGUCUGCAUCCAAGCUUGCUUGGUCCAGAAUGUAUUCUGCUGGAUCGCUGAUCCGGCUUUGGCUUCUGGUCCCCUCGGCUGUGCCCCGGGCUUAACAGGAAUCCCAGCGCCUUUCGGUCGUGCACCUUUCGCUCCCGCUUUGGCCCCUUCCACUUUUGCUCCUGCUGCUUUUGCCCCUGCUGCUUUUGCCCCUGCUGCUUUUGCCCCUGCACCAUUAGCCCCAUCUCUAUCCCCAGCUGCGUAUGAAGCUGGUAUCGGCCCAUACGGUGGAGAAGGCAUUGGUGAUAUAGCAGUAGCCGGAGAGAUGCCGGUUGCUGGUACCACAAUGGUAACUGGACAAGUGCCCAUACUUGGUGCUGUUCGUUUCGCGGGUGAUCUUCCAGCUGGUGGUGUUGUCACCAUUGCUGGUCACUCAGGUGGUGGAAGAUACGCCUGCGGUGGCCUGCGUCCGUUACCACGAGCGGCAUCCUCUCUGGUAAUAGCUACAUUUCCGUUUCCGGCCCCAAAGUUGACAGCUCCAGAUCCCACAGUGGGCAGAGGUCCUUCUAGGGCUACGGUUCCCAAGAAUGGUAGCUCACCAGCCACAGCCAAUGGGCCUUCAAUUCUGUUUUCGGACAGUACUGAGACACCAUUUGGUGGAAGAGGAGAUGAACUUGCUACCGAGUACCGAGAGUUUUUCACGCCGGAUUUCUCUCUCGGCCUACACCCUCUGUCUUCUUUGCCGUUGAGUUCCCAACUCCUACAGUGUGUAUUAAAAUUGUAUAAAAGGGUUGUAACAGAGUUAACAAAUCAUUACACACAACUUACAAACAUGUCUUCCUUCACCUUUUUAUUCCUCUGUAUUCAAGCUUGUUUAAUUCAGAAUGGUCUAACCACACUCAUUGGACCGGCAGUAUACGGAAAUGGCUUUGGCCUCGGGAACUCCGCAGGAGCCGGUUUGACAGCAGCAUCCGCUGAAUUGGCUGGAUGGUAUGGUUGCGAUUCACCUGCAUCUUACAACAAUGGCCCAAGAGCUUUAGAAAGAGAGAUGGCUGCUGAAUACGCUUAUGGAGCCAGAGCGAUGGAAAGAGACAUGGCUGCUGCGUACGGAGCAAGAGCAGUUGAAAGAGAGAUUGCCGCUGAAUAUGGAAUGGCUCGUAAUGCAGCUAUGUGGAAUGCCCCAGCUUUGGUCCCAGCUCCAAUGGCAUAUGAAUCGGGUAUCGGUGCGUACGGCGGCGAAGGCAUUGGUGACGUAGCUGUAGCCGGAGAGAUGCCAGUAGCUGGUACCACUAUGGUAGCGGGACAGGUGCCCAUACUCGGUGCUGUACGCUUCGCUGGUGACCUACCAGCGGGUGGCAUCGUCACCAUUGCUGGAAGUUGCGGAUGUGGUAACCGAUAUGUUUAAAAUACUUGAUGACGGAUUUGUAGAAAAUAAAGAUAUGACUGAUUUUUAAGUUUUGUUUA